AUGGACGCGAGUAAUCAGAAGGCUAUUGUCGCCGAAUGGAACGGAUGGAUGGCCACUUUUCUAGGUAGCAAACACAGGGUUCUUGUUGGCUUGGCUCGAAAGCAACACAAGCUAGCACAGGCCGUUUCAAAAUGCUUGCUCAACAAGGUGCUGGUUGGUCGGAAAUUGGACAUGAUGGAAACAAGCAAGGCUCAAUUGCGUGAUAAUGAGACUGAAAUGACUCACAUGCUGAGGAAUGCAGGAGAGUCGUCCUCGGCACCUUUGUCGUUAUCGUUAAACCGGAAGAGGAAGCGACCGAUGCAGAGACGAGGACAGCCUUCUGUCCCCAUGGAUGAACAAGACGCAACUUCUCCCACUGCAGACAAGGCAUCACCGUCGCAUCUUACUGCGAAUGAGGAUGCUCAAGCCCCCACUUUGUGGGAUCCUCCUGAACCAGCAGCAACAGCUGCGUCGACAUCGGGUCAAGUGACACCAUUGCCGGUAGUCUCGUCUUCUUCCUCAACAGCAGUAACGAUUGCGUCGACGUUGGGUCCAGCAACAACACCACCUGAAGUUUCAUCAUCUUCCUCAACAGAAGCAGCAGAAGAGCAUGUCAAUGUCAUUGACGAAAAUGAGCGGGCGGAGCUAUUGGCUCAUAUCGAACAAGCCUCGCAUGCUAUUUUGGAAAAUCGAUGGCAUUUGCGUGGCGUGUUCUUUACCAAAAGACUUGCGUGGGAGCUCUGGGCUAUCAUAGGGAUAUUCGCACCUUUUCUCCCCACGGAAAGAAUGAUUGCGACUAUAGGAAGAACCAUGCUGGAAGAACUUAUCGUUCCUAUGAUCUUGCCUGACCUGGUUCUUGAUGACACGGCGAUCUUGACAGCUGUGCGCCUUUGGAUAAACUACAGGCAGGAAGAAGCCAGCGAAGCACUACGCGAAUUGGACAGGCAAACACGGAAUAUGAUUGAAACAUUGUUUGAGCGGUUGCCUAUGAAGCAGGACAGGUCCAUCUCUGAAUCGACAUUUGUAGUGAACUACGUAUCACCUGUUCUUCAUGAGACUCUGAAACUGGACCCUCGAAUUUACUCUGUUCACUUCCCGAAUACCUGCUCCGAAGUACAAAAACAUCAAGGUCUAAAGCCCGAUAGACCUGACAUUGUUGUCAAAGCGCGAAACCGUGAGAUUCUGUACGGAGAGGUCACCGUGGGAGCGAGAGGUAUGUACCUCUUGCAGGAAGUCGGAUCGUUCGUGAUUCCCACCAUGGUCUCAAUGAUUCCUGCACUCCUUGCCACCCUCCCGACGCUUCUUGUUGCUCAGAAUGGCUCGGCCGAUAAGUAUACGACCCAUGGCAAGGACGCCAACGAGGAUGAGAGUCAUUGGCCCACAACCCAUCUCACUAAGCACGUGCGCUAUUCACCGGAGCAUUAUCAUCAGUAUCUAUGUCAUCCUCUGGGUUAUCAAGACUCUGUGAAACACCGUCUCGAGGAUCUCACAGCUCGUGCACAAUAUCUGCUUCAAAGGAGUAUCGACGGCCGCAGACAAUGUUCACUCCAGAAUUGGCAAAGGCAUUACGGUCAUCAUCCUCAGCAUUAA